GCGGGCGGCUGUGAAGCGGCGCUCGGGGCGCGCUGGGCGGGGAGCCGAGCCGAGCCGGGCCGGCGGCGGGCGGACGGGGCGGGCACGGGCGCGGGCGAGCCGAGCGCCCGAGACGAGGGAGGUCGCGAGAGGAAGGCCCGGCCGGCCGGCGGGCGGAGCGCCGCCGCCGACGCACACGAGGUGACCAGGCAUUGAUGCACCCCAGGAAGCCCACGCGCUCAAGGAGGCCGCCCCCCGCUGGCUGCUGCUCACAUGGUUUCUGGGCCGCUGGCACUCCGGUGGUGCGCGUGGGCAGGGCGCGGGGACAUGGGGCCAGACAUGGAGCUGCCCAGCCACUCGAAGCAACUCCUGCUACAGCUAAACCAGCAGAGGACCAAGGGCUUCCUGUGUGAUGUCAUCAUCAUGGUGGAGAACUCCAUCUUCCGGGCCCACAAGAAUGUGCUUGCUGCCAGCAGCAUCUAUUUCAAGUCCCUGGUCCUGCACGACAACCUCAUCAACCUGGACACAGACAUGGUCAGCUCCACGGUGUUCCAGCAGAUCCUGGACUUCAUCUACACCGGCAAGCUGCUGCCCAGCGACCAGCCAGCCGAGCCCAACUUCAGCACGCUCCUCACAGCUGCCAGCUACCUCCAGCUUCCUGAGCUGGCAGCCCUGUGCCGCCGCAAGCUCAAGCGAGCAGGCAAGGCCUUUGGCUCAGGCCGGGCGGGCACCUCCGGAAUGGGGCGGCACCCGCGUAGCCAGCGGCUGUCCACGGCCUCUGUCAUCCAGGCUCGGUACCCAGGGCUAAUGGAUGGGCACAAGGAAGCCCACACCUCCCAGGAAUUCCCCCAGGCUAAAGGCUCAGAUGAAGACGAGCUCUUCCUGGGGGCGGCUGCCCAGGAGGGCUCUCAUGGUGUGGGCCACACCGCCUGUCCUGUGGGCAGUGAGGUGGGCCUGGGGGGCUGCAGCAGCAGCACCAACGGAAGCAGCGGGGGUUGCGAGCAGGAGCUGGGCCUGGACCUGUCCAAGAAGAGCCCACCCCUGCCCCCAGCCACACCCGGCCCCCACCUCACUCCGGAAGACCCUGCCCAGAUGAGUGACAGCCAGCAAGGCUCGCCCACUGCGGGUCCCGCCCCUCUGCCUGGUGCCAACAGUGCCUCUUAUGCCGAGGUGGGGGGCACCCCUGAGGAGCCCAUGGAUUUGGAGGGGACUGAGGGCAACCACCUGAGCCUGCUGGAGGGGCCCAGCGGGCAGCCCCGCAAGAGCCUGCGGCAUUCGGCCCGCAAGAAGGAGUGGAGCAAGAAGGAGCCCGCAGCCGGCUCCCCGUUUGAGCUGAGAGAGGCGGGGCCCACGGGCGCCUGCGCUGGGGAGGAGGGCGACAGGGUUCCCAACGGCAUUGUGGCAGGAAGCGCAGGGGGAGGCAGCCAGAGUGGGCCCUACGGGGAACCCCCAUACCCCUGCAAGGAGGAGGAGGAGAACGGCAAGGAUGGGAGUGAUGACAGCGGGCAGAGCGGGAGUGAGGGCGGCGGGGGCCACUCCAGCAGUGGGCACUACUUGUACCGGCCGGAGGGCUACGACAGCGUGCCGUAUGGUGACAACCUGUACGUGUGCAUCCCCUGUGCCAAGGGCUUCCCCAGCUCGGAGCAGCUCAACGCGCACGUAGAGACGCACACGGAGGAGGAGCUGUUCAUCAAGGAGGAGGGGGCCUAUGAGACAGGCAGCGGGGGCGCCGAAGAGGAGGCUGAGGACCUGUCGGCACCCAGCGCCUCCUACGCAGCCGAGGCGCGGCCCUUCAAGUGCUCAGUGUGUGAGAAGACCUACAAGGACCCGGCCACCCUGCGGCAGCACGAGAAGACGCACUGGCUCACGCGGCCCUUUCCCUGCAACAUCUGCGGCAAGAUGUUCACGCAACGUGGCACCAUGACACGCCACAUGCGCAGCCACCUGGGCCUGAAGCCCUUCGCGUGCGACGAGUGCGGCAUGCGCUUCACCCGGCAGUACCGCCUCACCGAGCACAUGCGCGUGCACUCGGGCGAGAAGCCCUACGAGUGCCAGCUGUGCGGGGGCAAGUUCACGCAGCAACGCAACCUCAUCAGCCACCUGCGCAUGCACACCUCCCCCUCCUAGAAGCCAAAGACCCGCGGGCGCCCCCUGCAGGCUCCACACCCAGCGAAGGAAAGAAUGGAGGAGAAG